AUGCUGUCCCCUCAGAGGGCUUUACUCUGCAACCUCAACCACAUCCACCUCCAGCAUGUCUCUCUAGGCUUGCAUUUGUCCCGCCGUCCGGAGCUCCAGGAGGGGCCCUUGAGCACAUCCCCGCCCCCAGGGGACACUGGGGGCAAGGAGAGCCGGGGCCCCUGCAGUGGGACCUUGGUGGACGCCAAUUCCAACAGCCCAGCCGUGCCCUGCCGAUGUUGCCAGGAGCAUGGGCCAGGCCUAGAAAACCGGCAGGACCUAGCACAGGAGGAGGAGGGGGCUGCCUCUCCCUCAGACCCGGGCUGUUCCUCCUCUCUCAGCUCCUGCUCAGAUCUUAGCCCCGAUGAGUCCCCCAUCUCAGUCUACUCCAGGGACCUCCCUGGCAACGAGGAUGUCCACCCUCAGCCCAGCAUCGUUCCCCUGGAGCAAGGCUCCCCCCUGGCUUCUGCAGGCCCCGGCACCUGCUCCCCAGACAGCUUUUGUUGCUCUCCGGAUUCCUGCUCUGAAGCUUCCUCUCCAUCCGGUCCAGGCCUGGACUCCAAUUGUAAUGCCCUGACCACUGGCCAGGACCUCCUUUCCCCAGGGCUAGAGGAAGAGGAGGAGGCCGAGGAGCAGGACCUCCCUACCUCUGACCUCCCAGAGGCUGAUGAUGAGAAAAUCGAUGCUGGGAAAACCGAACCCAGUUGGAAAAUCAACCCCAUUUGGAAAAUUGACAAAGAGACAACUGAUGCUAGCUGGAAAAUCACUGAGAACAAUAACUCCGGUUGGAAAGUCAAUGGGAAUACUAUUGAAUGUUGGAAAACUGAACCUGGAAAAUUCGACUCCAGUUGGAAAACCAAUACAGGAAUAACUGAUUCUGGUUCGAAAACUGAUGCAGGGAAAAUUGAUGGGGGAUGGAGAAGUGACGUCAGCGAGGAGCCGGUGCCCCACCGGACAAUCACGUCCUUCCACGAGCUGGCCCAGAAGCGCAAGCGGGGCCCAGGGCUGCCCCUCGUGCCGCAGGCCAAGAAAGACCGCAGUGACUGGCUCAUCGUCUUCUCUCCGGACACCGAGCUGCCCCCCACAGGGUCGCUCGGCAGCUCCCAGGCGCCUCCCCGGGAAGUCACCACCUUCAAGGAACUCCGGUCCCGAAGCCGGGCUCCGCCCCCGCCAGUCCCGCCCCGAGACCCCCCAGCUGGCUGGGCCUUGGUCCCACCUCGGCCCCCACCGCCACCCGUCCCGCCCCGGAGGAAGAAGAACCGACCUGGGCUGCAGCCCAUAGCAGAGAGGCAGCCCGAGGAGGGCAGGGCGGGCAGCCCAGCUGCUGGUGAGGAGGCCCCAGCUUCAAAGGAGCCGGAGCAGCCAGGUCCUCAGGCUGGCACUGAAGUCCGUAGUUCCUGGUCGUUCGCCGGCGUCCCCGGGGCCCAGCGACUGUGGAUGGCAGAAGCCCAGAGUGGGACUGGCCAGCUGCAGGAGCAAAAAAAAGGUCUCCUGAUAGCUGUUAGUGCUUCAGUCGAUAAAAUCAUCUCGCACUUUGGGGCCGCCCGGAACUUGGUUCAGAAGGCCCAGUUGGGGGAUAGCCGUCUGAGCCCAGACGUGGGGCACCUGGUGCUGACCACCCUCUGUCCGGCCCUCCAUGCCCUGGUGGCCGACGGGCUGAAGCCUUUCCGGAAAGACCUCAUCACUGGGCAGCGGCGGAGCAGCCCCUGGAGUGUGGUGGAGGCGUCUGUGAAGCCAGGCUCCAGCACUCGUUCCCUCGGCACCCUCUAUAGCCAGGUCAGCCGUCUGGCCCCGCUGAGAAGCAGCCGUAGCCGCUUCCACGCCUUCAUCCUGGGCCUCCUCAACACUAAGCAGUUGGAGCUGUGGUUUUCCAGUCUCCAGGAAGAUGCAGGCCUGCUGUCCCUCCUGUACCUGCCCACUGGUUUCUUCUCCCUGGCCCGGGCUGGCUGCCCCUCCUUGUCCACGGAGCUGCUGCUCCUGCUGCAGCCAUUGUCGGUGCUCACCUUCCACCUGGACCUGCUCUUUGAACACCACCACCACCUGCCCCUGGGACCGCCUCAGGCCCCACCGCCCCCAGGCUCACCUCCAGCCCUGCAGCAGACUGUGCAAGCCGUGCUGCACUGGGGGGGUCGGCUGGCCCAGAGCCUCCGGGGGGCUUCUGGGGAGGCCCCUCCAGGCCCUUCGGCCCCCUCAAGCUCUCCCAGCCCCUGCAGCUGGUGGGAGCAGCUGACCCAGGCCUCCCGGGUCUAUGCGUCCGGCAGCACCGAGGGCUUGCCUCUUCCCCGGUGGGGAUCCAGGCGCACCCGGCCUGCAGCUGAGGCCGCACCGGAGAGGUCCCUGCACACGGAGGAAGCAGCACCAGGCCGAGGCGUAUGGCUGGGGAGACUGUUUGGAGUGCCUGGGGGCCUCGCAGAAACUGAGAGUGGAGCCCCAAAGUCCAGGAGACCAUCCAGCUGGUUGCCUCCGACAGUGAGUGUGUUGGCUCUGGUGAAGCGGGCGGCACCUCCUGAGGCUCCCUCAUCUCCUAAGGAGCUUGAGGUCUCAGAACCCAGCACGGCGCAGACCCACAGGGCAGUCCGGGCUCUCUGUGACCACACUGCUGCAGGACCUGACCAGCUGAGCUUCCAGCGAGGGGAAGUGCUGCGUGUCAUCACCACUGUGGAUGAGGACUGGCUCCGCUGUGGGAGGGAUGGAGCGGAGGGACUGGUACCCGUGGGGUAUACCUCCCUUGUUCUCUAG